GUCAAACUGUGGACUUACAAGGUAACAUGAGGAAGUAGAAGUCAUUCUAACAGAAAGACAGGACACUUUUUAGUCUUCCUCUUCUCACUCACCAACAUGGCUGCUCAUCUCAGCGCUCUUCUCAUCUUCGCUGGACUCACAGGAAUUCACAGCGUUACGACCGUCAGUAAAGUGUCAGUGAAGACUGGAGGCUCCAUCUCUGUCCCAUGUUUCUAUGAGUCUAAAUACAUAAACCAUGCGAAAUACUUGUGUGAAGGAUAUGCAUGGAGUUCCUGCUCCUACAGAGUUAAAACCAACGAACCAAGACGUUCAGGACGUUUUUCAAUCUCUGAUGACAAUCAGCAAAGAAUCUUCACUGUGACUAUUGAUCGUGUGACUCUUUUUGAUUCUUAUUACUGGUGUAAUGUGGAGAUAAACCAUGGGCCAGAUGAUGGGAAACAAUUUCAGCUUUCAGUCACUAGAGGUCGGCCCCUGCUCUCCGUGGAUCAUCAGAAGGUUACAGGAUUUAUCGGAGGAGAUGUUGCUAUCCGCUUUACCCAUACUAUCAGAGGAGCAAUUCAGUGGUGCAGACUGGGAGGGUCCUGUGUAAAGGAGCCACACGGAUCAAUAAGUACAAGUAACCCUGACGUUUUCACUGUGACUCUGAGGGGACUGAGGGCAGGAAGCAGCGGCUGGUAUUACGGCGCCAAAGGAGAAGUACAGAUGCCUGUGCAUGUUACUGUUACUGAGAGACCGAUCACCGCCACAGUAACAACCACAAAAAUAACAACACAGUUAAUGACCAUUUCUCUCCAACCUGUGAAUCACACAUCAGCCUCUCCAAAUAACACGUCUAAGGAGCAAUCAAAAAGGGGUCCUGAUCACCUACUGCGUUUCAUUAUUCCUGCGAGUGUACUCAUCGUCAUUGUGUUAGUGGCCUUGAUCUUCUGGUGUGUUCUGAGACAACACAAGCUGAAAAAAGCACAAUCAUCAGCUGCAGCAAAGGCUGAAGAGGAAGUAACAUACAGUGUUGUUUCACACAGGAGACCAAAGAUGAAGAAGCAGGAUCUGGCACAAGAUGAGGAUGUUACGUACAGCACAUUAGCUCAACAUUAAAUGUAAUCACUGUGAUAGCUUCAUAUUAAUAGAAGUGACA